CCCCCGAGACGUCAGAGGUGAAGGAGUGACGUUUUUUCUCUCUCCCAGCGCUAUCAGGGAUUUUUUUUUUUUUCAUUUUCAAGGUGUCCCACGUUUAUACCAUGACGCUGAGAGCAAGACUGAUGUCAGGCCAUCUGCAGCGUCUUCGAGGCUGCUUUGUCCACACAGCCUCAGGAGGGGCUUGGAAGGAGAGCUUUGCUGAAGACAUCGACCCACAGCAGUUUGCCCUUCUGGAAGAGCAGUGCAUCCUGGUUGAUGAGAAUGACACAAACAUCGGUGCUGCCUCCAAGCGCGAUUGCCACCUGAUGCAGAAUGGGACUAGUCCUCUCCACAGAGCAUUCAGUGUAUUCCUCUUCAAUUCUUCAGGUGAACUUCUUGUGCAUAGACGGUCAGAUGCUAAGAUUACAUUCCCCGGCCACUACACAAACACCUGCUGCUCACAUCCUCUGUACACACCCAAGGAAAUGGAGGAGGAGGAUGCCUGGGGAGUGAGAACGGCUGCCCAAAGACGCCUGGAAUUUGAGCUGGGCAUUCCCCUCGAGCAGGCACAGCCCAAGGACUUCACGUACCUGACCCGCAUCCACUACGCCAGCCCCUCCAGUGGCAGAUGGGGGGAGCACGAGAUGGACUACAUCUUAUUCCUGCGCGGCGAUGUCUCGGUUAGCCCCAAUGAGAAUGAGGUCCAGGAUGUGAGAUAUGUGAAACGCGAGGACUUCUCGAGGUUUCUGAGCAGCCUGCGGGAGAAUGAUGUCCCCAUCACUCCUUGGUUCCGCCUCAUAGCUCAGAAAUUCCUGCCACUUUGGUGGAAGAAUUUGGACGACAUUGGCAAGUUUAUUGACCACCGCCAGAUACACAGGAUGAUAAACUGAUUGGGUCUAGAGUUAACUAGCUUAUAGGGAGUCAAAUAUUCCAUUUUUAUUUAAUCCAUUAGGCUUAUUUUAUGAUCUGAAUUUUGUUGUUAUAAAAUGGUCAAAUUGUUUAUUUAUUUUCUCUUUUUUCCUUUUAUAUAUUGUAGAAAUUAAGAAAAAAAUUUAAAACAGCUGGACAUUUAGAAUACAGAAAUGCCUCCAGAUACAUGGAAGCCUCUACUGACAACCUACAGGACUUAAUAGUAAUACUUGGUUCCAGGAAAGGAAACUCCAACAGGAGAGUCACACUUCUGAAACUAAUACCAUGAAAGUUUGCUAAUGAGAACUAGGCCUUAAAUUUUUGCAAUUUAAUAUGUUGCGUGAAAUAACAAGAGUGCAUGGCAGAAAACACCCGUGCAGACACGUAGGGCUAGCACUGUGGGAGGAUAAAAUCAUGUCCAAUUUAAGGAAUUUUAACUGGUAAUGAAGGAAAAGAGAAGGUAUAAGGGAAAUUUUCCAAUCCUAGAAGAGAGGACUAGAAUACAACUUAAUGUAAAAGAAAAUAUGUUUGUCUCAUCAAGACUUUGCCCUACAAUUACAAGCAUCUUCAAGGAUAAUGACAAUAUUGUACUAUACUUAAUAGGGAAACUUCAAUGCUGAAAAUAUUCUUGUUUGUCCUUUGUGUUGUGCAUUGUCAUUCCUCUGUCAAAGGAUCCAGCUUCUCUAACAAGCUUUAAAAUCUGUGAUAAAUAUUCCAGUGUCCUAUAAGGAUUUUGUGAAAUGUUAGGAAGAGAUAAGUAAUAGUGUUAGUUUGAAACUUUUUCACAAGAAUAACUAGAAAGGAAAAUAUUUCUAAUACACCUCUGAAAUGCAUGUACAUGAUAAUACUAUACACUUGGGCACAGUGACACAUUCAUACUUACAAACUAUAUUGUGGAGCUACUCAUUCUUUAAAUAUUAUUGUUUUGGUGAGAAAUAUAUUAAUUACUCAAUAUAACACUGACUGUUGCACUCACUUAACAUGGUGGUAAUUGAAACACAAAGGUAAAAUAAAACUAUUGCAUUGGAAUUUUUUUUGAUAAUUUAUUUUUUUACCUUACUGGUAAUUUUAGUACUAAACACAUUAUAUGGCUUAUUUCUGAAUGUGGCUUUACAAGAA